AUGGAGAGACGAAAACGAUACUGUUGGGUAUCUGAGAAAGAGAGGAAACAGAUGGAAAGGCAAGCCCACAGCACAGGCCAGGCCAGAGAGUUUAAGAACACCAUGUGUAGACUUUUUCCCAAUGAAAGGCUACCGAGUAUUGUGCACGAAGGCCAGGCAGCACAAAGAAGACAGCAGGUCAAAAAGAGGGAACAGGUGCAAAUCAAAGACCACCAGGAGCGCAUGCUUCGAGGGAGGGAGCUGAUAGAGCAAAGACUCAAGGAAAGACUCUUGAGAAGAAGCUCAAGUCAGCUCCCUUCACUAGAGAAGCUGGAGAGAGUAAAGAAAGAGAUGAAGGACUUUGAAAGGGCUAACGCACACCCGCUUUUGGAGUUACGCACUAAAAGUCUGAUUAAGCUGGAAAGUCUUAUUGAGAAGUCUCAGGUAAGAGAGGAAAGGAAAAUGGCUAUAAAGCCUCAUCAAAGGAAAUUCCUGGCCUUCCCACCCUUUUUGAAAAGUCAUGUACGAAAAGUCAAAGAUCAGUAA